AUGAAGCUUCUUUCUCUUCAGUAUCGGCGACCCAAGAAGGUCGACGCCGAGAUCUAUCGCCAGCGUCGAGAGACGUCAGAAGAAGCUGAAGGAUCUGUCAAGUCGGGAUCAUCUGGCGUAUCAUCCGGUAUUCCAGAUGCCCUGAGCUUUGAUAGAAUCAUCAAUGGCGGGACUUGUCCGCCCAUGGCUAUCCGAGACUUCAUGAAUUAUCUCGUCUAUGUCGAACACGCGGCCGAAAAUCUUCAAUUCUACCUGUGGUUCAAGAGCUAUGAAAAGCGUUUUGCCGAGGCCACAAGCAGUGAGGUUGCUCUAUCUCCAGAGUGGACGCAGGCCAUGGAAGACGAAGUUGUAGCCAGAGUCCGCAAAGAGCAGGUCGAUAAGAUGAGGCGCGAGCCCGCAGCGACGGCAGCCAUCUUCAAGGGGACUGAUUUCGAAAGGCAAGCCGGCGAUAAAAGGGGCAACCCCUUCAAUACUUCUCUCGAGUCUGCAAACGCCGUCUCGGAUCACGACUCGCUGGCUGCGUCAUGGGAGGUUAUGACCGUCGGCGGCAACUCCAACGCUCAUACCACAUCCGCCGCCAGUUCGUGCACACAAGUUGCAGAAGCUUUCCAGGCGGCUGGAGCCAGACUUCCAUUCUCCAUUCAGCCCUUUCACCAGGAGAUCAACCGCAUAAUAACAAGCUACCUCAUAGAGGGCGCUCCACGGCAGCUUAACCUGGCUGCGUGGGAGCAAAGGGCAACGGUCCAUGCGCUCGCCUAUACCACGCAUCCAUCAGCCUUCCGCAUUCUCUUCAAGAGCGUUGACGCAGCGCUUCGACUCCAGGCACACCCCAACUUCGUUCGCUGGUCCAUCUGCAACGGCAACCUCCCCCGUGUCUAUUUCGCCCGGUUCCUUGGUGUCGCACUCAUCCUAGUAGGCUUCAUCAGCGCCAUCAUAAUCACCUUGAGCAAGGCCGGGCGCGGCUACCGAGUUCUUCCGCUCAUUGCCUGGGCUUUGGGAAUGAGCACCUUGAUUGCCGCCUACAAGGGCAUGUGCGUCGUCUUGCACGGCUUGCAUCACCGCCACGUCCGCCCCUGGGAGCUUUUCACCCAGGAUGACGGCGAGGAGUUCGGCAUGUGUAAUAUGGAACCCUUCGGUUCAAACAACAGCUAUGAGGAUGAGCCAUGGGUGGUCAAAUAUCAAGAAAGGCACCUUGUUCGCAAGAUCUUCGACCGCGAGAUCUGGAUUCAGGAGCCUGCCCUGAGGCAAAUCCAGGAUACCAUCUUCUGCCAAGCAUUGCUGGCAGGGUUCGGCUUUGGUCUCAUUUGCAUGGCAAUAUUCCUUGCCGUACCAGGAGGACACUUUUUCUAG